AUGAUAGCCUCCGCGUAUAUAAAUCAGAUGUUCGAGUUUAAGCCAUUGCAAUCGUCCACAGCGAAUAACUUUGAUUUAUUUACUGAUAACUUUAUAAGUGCAGUGCGCGCUUUACAAAACUUAAAGUUGGAUAAUCUCGCGGACUUAAUUGUUCUGCAUAUCGCGUUAAAGAAGCUCGACUCGGAUACCAUUCGAUCUUUCGAAUACAAUCAUUGCUCGAUAAUACCUACCUUUGAUGAUUUAGUAAAUUUUAUUAAAACCCGCUCUAAAGUUCUGCAACGCACCGAUUCUAGUACAAACUCUAGUAGUCCAUCAAAUAGUCGACGAGGUAAUGAUAAUAAUCGUCGCUGUAAUAAUAUUUCGUCGCCGAAAUAUCAGGCAUACGUAAGUACAACGGCUAGUUGUUCAAAGAAGUGCCUGUGUGAUAAUAUUGUGCACCAGCACUUAUUUAAGUGUGCAGACUUUAAUAAAAUGACACCGCUCGAACGGUUUAAAUGCGUGAAGAGUAACAAUGCAUGUGUGAAUUGUCUUAGCUUAAGCCAUCGAGUAUCUAAUUGCGCUUCAAACUUUAGUUGUCGAGUUUGUAAAUUUAACCAUCAUACAUUGUUGCAUUUCCAGCGUGAAAGCGAUAAUUCUUCCUCCGCGCUGCCUCCGCCUCAGCCUCAGCAAACUGUGCUUAAGGCUGCAGCACCCGCGCCUACAACGCCAGCAUACUUGCCACCUCUCACCUCAGGUGCGCGUUCGGACGUCGCGCUGUGUACUUCGUUCACGAAUGUUUCCCAACAUUCACCGCCCCCCGCGCGCUCAUUUCGUUCGCAGAAGACUGUUUUAUUAUCAACCGCACAAGUCUUUGCACACGACGCUAAGGGAGAGAAACAAUUAAUUCGCGUAUUAUUAGACUCCGCGUCUCAAAGCCAUUUUAUAACUAAGGAAUGCUGUCAUCGUUUAGGCGUCCAGCAACACGAAAGCGAAUGUACUGUAGUAAAGGGAUUCGGUGGAGUAGAAAAAAUCGUUAAAUCAAAAUUAAUCAAUAUUAAAAUUUUCUCACGUUUCAACUCUAAUAUUAACUUCAAUAUUUCACCGCUCGUUGUUGAUGAAAUCACCGAUCGUAUGGCCACCGCUGUGGUAGACAAAUCAGUCUUAGCACAAUUUAAUGACAUAAGGCUCGCUGAUGAAUGUUACGGUGUGCCUAAUAAAAUUGACGUAUUGAUAGGCGCAUCCCUUUUCCCGCACUUAUUGUGUCCUGACGUAAUUCACUCCUCUAACAACUUGUCUGGGCCCGCAGCUUUGAACACGGUGUUUGGUUACGUUAUUAUGGGUUCAGUACCGACAAUUCAAUAUAAUCAGUCAUUAACGUGUUGUACAAUCCUAGAGUCUCCCGCCAUUGAUAAAUUAGUACAACGAUUUUGGGAGCUUGAACAGCCUCCCUCCGCGUCGCCCAUUCAGUGUCCUUCAGACAUUGAAUGUGAAGAGUUUUAUAAAUCGACGACAUCCCGCGAUCCUGAUAGUGGUAGAUACAUUGUUGGCCUACCAUUUAAAGAUGACGUUUAUUCUCUCGGAGAUUCUUACGAGACUGCUCGACGACGAUUCAUGUGCUUAGAAAGAAAACUUCAAGCAUCACCUAUACUAAGGUUGGAAUAUGACGACGUCAUAAAGGAAUAUUUAGCCAAAAAUUAUAUCUCUCCCGCACCACCGUAUGACUCUCAUGACCCCGCUCCAAUCUAUGUAAUCCCGCAUCAUGGAGUCUUACGCGAAGACAAGAAGUCGACACGUUUACGUAUAGUCCUGGAUGCUAGCAGUAAGACUAACACUGGUCGAGCAUUAAAUGAUAUCCUACAUUCAGGACCAAAUUUGCAAGGCGAUUUGUUCAAUAUAAUUCUAAAUUUCCGCCUACAUCCAGUCGCUAUGACAGCCGACUAUCGCCAGCAAUUCCUGCAGAUAAUUGUUCGCGAUUCUGAUCUUCGUUAUCAAUGCUUCAUAUACCGCUUUCGUCCACAUGACCCACUUGUGUUGUACCACUUCAAUCGCGUAUGCUUCGGUUUAACUUCGAGUCCAUACCACGCAUUGCGUACGGUGAGACAGCUUAUCGAUGACGACGGCGCAAAGUAUCCACUUGCGGGUUGUAUCGCGUCUACUUCAUUAUAUAUGGACCAUAUCGCAUUCUCUUUACCCAGUGAAUCUGAAGCCAGUGACGCCUCUCAGCAGCUGAUAGGGUUAUUCAAGGGAGCACAAUGGGACCUAAUAAAAUGGAAUAGCAACCGUCGAUCUGUUUUAGAUGACCUCCCUGCUUCUCAUAAGAUUACAGGAGAAGUAGAGUUCGAUAAAUUAACGCAACAUAAAAUAUUGGGUUUGUAUUGGUCUACUGAUAGUGACGCCUUUUAUUUUAAGAUAACCGUUCCCGCUGAUGUGACGUGCACUAAGCGCUCCAUCUUGUCUACUGUCGCCCGCCUGUGGGACAUAAUGGGUUUCGUUGCCCCCGCAAUCACCGACAAUAUUCCCGCUGACAACUUUUAUCACGUAACAGGCACUGAGAAUCCCGCUGACAUACUUUCACGUGGCGUUACGCCAAAUAAAUUAGUUUCAUAUCCUCUGUGGCUCCGCGGGCCUCAGUGGACCUCACUAGAUCCAUCUCAGUGGCCUCUUCAUACUUUAGACAAUCAGGACAUUUCAGACAUGCCUGAGACAAGGAUUUCGUCGCACACUGUUCUGUUACACAGACAUUCUCUACUGGAUAAAUUAGUCCAGUCGUUUUGGGAUCGGUGGAGGAUGGAAUACCUUCAUGGAUUACAAGUUCGUCAGAAGUGGAACACUUCGUCUACGCCUAUCGCACCAGGCACGGUUGUAGUUGUGAUUAACGAUAACGCACCGUCCCUUGCUUGGCCAUUAGCUAUUGUUGAGUCUGUUCAUUCUUCGAAAGAUGGUGUAGCUCGAGUAGUAACCGUGAGAACUUCUAAGGGAACCUACCUCCGUCCGGUUGUUCGUAUUUGUCCUCUCCCAAAACAAUAA